GUCGUCCCUACCUUAGUCUGCCAGUACAAGUAUAACUUGGAGGGCCGUCCAUGACGUGCUCCAUUCUUCGCUUGGGCAAGAAGCCCCGGCGUUCCCUGGCUCGUUUCCACUCUCUUCAGGGCCGCCCGCUCACACUGUCUCCGUCGUUGUUGCCUACCUAAGGUACCUCUACCUACCGACCUGCGUGCCUACCUUACGGUCCUUUCCCGCCAGUCAUUGCUGGUUUCCUGACCGACCGUCUCUCUCUCUCUCCGAAAGGGCAGCCUUGAAGGGGUCGAGCGUAUCCUCUUGAGUGCUCUCUUGAGCCAUGUCGCUACUGAGAUUGCCGUAUGAGCUGCUGUCGAUCAUUUGUGAACACCUCGACCUUCGCGACAUCUACAGCCUGAGCUUCUCUUGCAAGAGGUUUCAGUUUUUGCUGUACGAGCCAAACAUCACAAAGCUGCUGCUCGAGUCCAAGGCGCCACACUCAACAGAAGCCCGGGAUGCUCGAAUCAGCAAGCGGUAUGCGGCUGGCCUGAGGCGGCUCAUCAAGCGCCGGGAGGCCGUUGCGUCCGUGUCUCCUUACCUCGUUGCCAUUGUCGCCUUUGCUGAAGAGUGGCUGUACUCGAACGGAGUACUUUGUUAUCUCCGCGGCCCCCAGCUCCGUAUCCUGGAUCUGCACCGCUCCGGGAGUCGCGAGAUGGUGGUUGACACACGCAAACUGUUUCGAGAAGCCCUCGAAGGGUCACGACGGCGCCGCACGUAUCAAAUCCAGCUGCUGUACCAGUCACACAACAUUGUCUCGUGCGUCUACGGCCCAUCCAGACGCCGCAAAACCCGCAGCCCCAGCAGCAACUGGUUGGUGGCCUUUGACCCCCUGGAUGGUCAAAUCAAAACAGUUCAUCGCCUGGAGUCCGUUUCCAACUUAUUUGUCCGGAACAACGAACGGUUCCUUUACUACGGCACCACGUCCGCGCCCGGCCACGACGGCUACGAGCGAUGGGUCAUCGGCGGGUUUGACCUGGCAGCCCGAGAAUGGUUGGGCGAGCUCACCAUCUCCGCAGUGAUCGGGACCGAUAUCGGCUCUUCGGUCUGCUUCGAGAUCCUUGAUGGCUUUUUGUAUGUCGUAUCGAACCAGACGAGUCUGGAACUCGAAGUCGUCGACUGGAUCUCGUAUUACCCCUGCUUCAGGCUCCCUCUCACUCGCCGCGGGUUGAAGGAAGUAGAGGCACCGCCCAGGGAGCAGAACUGGAGAAGAAAUCACACAGAAGGUCCCAUAGACGACAGAUUCACCUUUCUCCGCCUGUUCAAGGACGAGGAAACAGGUCAGCUCAGGGUCACCGAGUCCAGAAGAGAGUGGCUCUGGGGUCGCAUUUCAGCGAGGCAAACAUACUACACGACGCCAAUCAGCUUUGAGGGCGCGGACAGAGACCUACGGGGGCGGUAUUCGUUGCAGCUUCAGCAGCAGCGAACCGUUUCAGCCACCAGGACGCGAGAUCCCCACCUGGUCCAUCCUGCUGACGGCAACUCGGCCACCAUCCCCCUGAGCAAGUCUGCGGUUCGCUCCUACCACCCAUCAUGUCAGGCUUUCGUUGAUCUCGUGGACGACUCCAAUUCUUGCGAUACCGCCAACCAGCGAAUCCGUAUCCGCGGGGGCUCGCGCCGUCCGCGGAUGCCUGGCGAGCGUGUGGAACGCGAAUGCUUGCCAGCGGCGCAAGACUCAAAAUAUCAAGAUGUGCUUCUGCGGCAAAUUGAUGACCUCUACAUCAGCGAAAAUGGCCUUCUGUGGCCACCAGAACUGGAUCCGUCCGCCCCAGAUCCGGCACUUUCUGAUCUUUACGCAAUCCUCAACCCUCCGGGGUAUCUCGGGAACCUUCAUGGGAGCUGGGACGAGCGGUCCAUGGUGUACGCUACAGGGGGCACAGCUGGAGGCCUCAAAGCCUUGGUCUUCAUCUCGUGGGACCCCUCCAUCUCCCUGGCAGGCACCCCGCCCUACCCAGGCAAACUAUCCUCGGGGCUGCUCGGGAGCUCAAGAGACAAGACCAGGCAAACUACGGAGCGGUGCCCAAUUUCGCAACCCAAUGCGACGUCUUGUCCCGUUGGGAGUUUCAAGCCGAUGAAGGCGGCCACAGGAGGGGUGCAAGGUGGCAGUGCUGUGGACUGGAGAGUGUUCGAACCGGCUGGGUAUCGCGAGAUCGGCCGGGGUUACCAUUUUGCCUGUUGAGCUUCGCGAGCCCCCGCUGCACCAAACAAAAACGUGCUGCUCCGUCGCAUGAGAACGCUGAACGGGGGAGAGAAGAGACGUGGGCGACCUAACGCACCUCAUCAAUGGUUGCUGCGGCACGCAUGUACUCUGGCUGCAGGAGCAGCAGCUGUCACUUUCUAGAGGGCCAAGCUGGCAAAGAAGAAGCGUCGGGUCGGGCGAGAGGAACAUGAACAGUGGUGCAGUUAGUUGGGUUUCCUGCCCACUGCUUUGAAAACCGGUUCCCGAAAACUUGAGGGAGCGGCUGGACAAAGUGCACUUGGGCCGAUCAUAACAAGCUACGCAAGAGAGACAUAAUCAUUGGCAAUGCCUCCUAGCCGAGGGCCACGUGAAUGAAGGUUUCGAAUUCGAACACGGACACACAGAGCCUUGCCUAUU